AUGGCAGCUAUCGGCCCCUCCAAGCGAUCUCCAACAGAGUUCCUCAGCCAGGUCACUGGUCGUCCUGUGGUUGUCAAGCUCAACACUGGAGUUGACUACAAGGGUGUUCUUGCUUGUCUGGAUGGAUACAUGAACAUUGCGAUGGAGCAGACUGAGGAAUAUGUCAAUGGACAGCUGAAGAACAAGUAUGGAGACGCGUUCAUCAGAGGGAACAAUGUGUUGUAUAUCAGCACGCUUGGGGCAAAGAAAAGAUAA